UUGAUUUCUCAGAUACUGUUUGACUGCAGAGGAACGUGGAUCAGCUGGCAAUGGCGAAGAAUCUGGAAGCGAAUCUUAUCGAUGCGAACGGGAAGUACAUUAACUUCGACGCCCACCGGGAGGAGUACACCCAGCACUACGACGCCCUGAGAAAAGAACUAUAUUCCCAGUGGCGAAGCAAUAAGGUGCUGGACAAGAUUUUAAAGGGGCACACGCUUGGAGGCAGCUAUGGGGACAACUUGAAGGUGGCUAUGCCUAACGAGUUCGACUUGGUCAUUCAUCUAGUGUUUCCCGAAAAUGACAAGAUUAUCGUUAAAGCCGAUCCUCGAAAACCAGGCAACGUUACCCUGGACAUGACCAAGGUGAUGGAGAUCAUCGGGAAACAAGAUCAUAACAAACCAGUUUUCGAACAGCUCCAGAAAAUGGUCAAUAGAAACCAGUUGCUUUGCGAGGACAAGCUGCAGAGCUGGCUCCAAGGAGUAAUGACUACGACCCUUAACAAGAUGGACAAACAGAUCAAAGUGGGCUCGGUGGUAUCGCCCCUGAGUUACAAAAAGUCGGGUCCCGCCCACACCAUCGACGUGAAAGGACGUUACGUGUACUCCGUCGACUUUGUGCCGGCCAUUCGGCUGAAGGCAGCCCAGUGCGUUUUGGGGCCGGAGCAGAAACGCCACUUCGGAACAACACCCCAUUGGGACGCCAUUCCCAAGCCCAUGAAGCCGGCCCAGCCGGAGAACAUAUCCUUCCGCGCCUCCUACUACGAGGCGGAGAAGGGUCUGCUACAAGAUAAGCACAACUUGAAGAACUCCAUUCGGUUGAUGAAGAGGCUUCGGGACACCAAAAACAACAUGGCCAACUUGAAGAGUUACUACAUAAAAACCCUGUUUUUGUGGGAGGUAACAAAGCAGGAUUCCAAGUACUGGCAGAAACCCAUGUGCGAAAUCGUCACAGAGAUGCUCGACCGACUGUCCAACACCCUCAAGCUGACCUCUUCCAAGGGCAAACUGCUUUUCUUCUGGGAUCCCAAGCUGGAUAUGUUCGCGGAGCUCACAGACAGACAGCGGCAGGACAUGUUCAACUGUGUGUCCAAGACCCAGUAUUUAUUUAGGCGCGGCGAUGGAAACCUCACGGGGGAUAUAGAGAAAAAUAUUCUGAACUAUUUUAAUAAUCCGGGCAGAGGAAUUGAGAACAUCCCAGAUAAUUCACAGUGCAAGGGCAAUGGUACAAAGCCAAAGGAUCCCACGAAACAGAAUAAUCCGCAGCCAGCCCAGAAGAAUUCAAAGGCAGCGAAGUCUUCCCAGGAGGCCGUCAAAGAUGUACAGCCAAAUCAAGCAGCUCCUGGUCAACCCAAGAAGCAGGAUACGAAACAACCAAUCAAUCCAAAUCGAAAACCGAGCGAACCCCAACCACCUCCAGAAGGCAAAAAGGAGGAAUCCAGUUGCAGCAUUCAUUAGACUAGUUUUCUGUGAGUUUAAAAGUUUCUUUUGUUAACAGCAAAACGAAAAUAUGUUUGAUCUUAACCGUUUCGAUCUUAAGCCUAAUCCUCGCCUUAGAUGGCCGGGUGAUGUGGUGUCGUCGUGGUCGUUGUUAAGUCGCUCGUCCUGAUCGUCCUGUCCUUACAAGCCGCCUCCGGAGCGGUCCACACUUAUCUUCUGCUUCAGAUUGGCCGCCUCGUGCUUCUGCUCCUCCAGCUCGGCCAUCCGCGCGAAUCGUGAGUAGGCCACGUCGCCCGUCUUGAUGGCGGACAUCAUCUGUAAUUGGUUUAAGUGUAUUUAUUAAAUGUUUUAUAACAAAGAUUUCCUAUUGUUUGCUAACUGUUUCUGCAUGACUAACAAAUAUAUUUUCGAUUUGAGCCGGAAGUUUAGACAGAA